GCGCCACAGAGUCAGCAACCCACCGUAGGCCCCGCCCCUUCAUCCCGACUGAGCCAAUGGCCACGCUGGGAGGUUGGACCCGGCAGGCUCAGCCCAGGACCUUGGCAUAAAGGAGUAGCAGCAGGAUCCCGGGUCCAGUAUUCUGCCAUCGGGACCCUUAAGUUUCCUGAGAGGUCCCGCUUUUCCCAGGUUGCUGCUGAGACCCUCAGAUUGGAAACAUGAAUUUCUACCUGUGUUUGGCUUCUCUAUGCUUGGGAUUAGUAGCUGCCACUCCAGAAUUUGACCAGACUUUAGAUUCUCAGUGGCACCAAUGGAAGGCACAACAUAGGAGGACCUAUGCAGCGAAUGAAGAUGGUUGGAGGAGAGCAACAUGGGAGAAAAAUUUGAAAAUGAUUGAAAUGCACAAUCUGGAAUACAGUGCUGGCAAACAUAGUUUCCAGCUGGGAAUGAACAAGUUUGGCGACAUGACCACUGAAGAAUUUAAACAAGUGAUGAAUGGCUAUAACUCCAAUGGAUCACAGAAGAGGACCAAAGGAUCUCUGUAUCGUGAACCUCUCCUUGCACAGCUCCCUAAAUCUGUAGAUUGGAGAGAGAAAGGCUAUGUAACUCCUGUUAAGAAUCAGGGUCAGUGUGGUUCCUGUUGGGCAUUUAGCGCCACUGGCUCCCUUGAAGGUCAGUGGUUCCAUAAAACAAAGAAACUGGUUUCACUUAGUGAACAGAACUUGGUUGACUGCUCUACUAGUGAAGGCAACAAUGGCUGUAGUGGUGGUUUGAUGGACAACGCCUUCGAAUAUGUGAAGAACAAUGGCGGCAUUGAUACAGAGCAAGCCUAUCCUUAUCUUGGACAGGAUAACGAGUGCAAAUACCGGGCAGAGUGCUCUGGUGCUAACGUCACUGGGUUUGUAGACAUUCCAAGUAUGAAUGAAAGAGCACUCAUGAAGGCUGUAGCAAACGUGGGUCCCAUCUCAGUUGCUAUUGAUGCGGGAAAUCCAUCCUUCCAGUUCUAUGAGUCUGGUGUUUAUUAUGAACCGCAGUGCAGCAGUUCCCAACUGGAUCAUGGUGUGCUGGUUGUGGGCUAUGGUUCAAUAGGAAAAGAUGAAUACUGGAUUGUCAAGAACAGCUGGGGUGAAGAAUGGGGCAAAAAAGGAUACGUGUUAAUGGCCAAGUUCAGGAAUAACCACUGUGGAAUAGCAACAGCAGCCAGCUACCCUCAAGUGUGAUUUGAUUGAAGGAGAACCUCUUCGGAAAGACCUAUAUCAUUCGGAAUAAACACUUGAAUGUAGCCCAGGAUCCAAGUUAUAAUUUGAGUUCCCUGUGACAUUUUUACAUUUGUGAAAUGUAAACACUACUUUGUUAUAAAUAGCUUGUAAUAUUGCUUAAUUCAAAGAUUUAUAAAUUUUCAUUUUAAAAUUAUAUGUAUGAAGCUUCACCUUUCUAAAUAAACCUCAAUUCAUUGUAUAUGCACUUUGGAGGGGCUGAUUGAGAAGAGAAUUGGGUUUCUAGUUUUUUUGCCCUAGAAUGGGGAAUCGAUCAGUGGCUACAAAUAGUUUCUGGGAUUGAAUCCAAUAUUUUGUACUCUACCUCAUUACACCAUUAAAAGGCAGAUCAAUGACUCCAA